AUGCAUUAUGCAAUUAUUGUUCCAAAGCAAAAAAUACAAGAAAUAAAGAAUAUCUUAAUUAAAAGUGAUUUGUAUGAUCAAUUCAGAGGAAUUUGCAGAAUCAAAGAGAAUGAAUUACAAAAAAAUAAUGUUGAAAAACGAAUAAUCCAUACUUUAAGGAAAAAAUCAGUAAAAUUUCAAAAAACAAAUAUAGAAAUACAAAAAAUAUUCCCAGAACUAAAGUGUGAUGUUGCUGAUCUUGAUAUUUUAAUUGUUGAAGACAAAUUAGAAAGAAAAAACAAACACUAUGAACUAGAAACAUUUAUACACGAUUUUAUAAAAAAAAUAUCUACAAGAUAUAAAUUAGACGAAGACAAAUGCAUCAUCAGAACACCCACACGAUGGACAAUCUACGGAAACAUGGCCUUGUUGCCAAAAAAUGCAUUUUCAUCUUCUCAAUGGACAUUUCUCUCAACUCUCCAUUCAUUAGAUAGAUUAGCAUUUUACGAAGGCAUUGCAAAAUAUAUUGGAGUUACACAUAUUGCAAUGAAUGCCACAAUUCCUCCAAAUGAUCCAAUGAGAAUUCCUGUAUCAUUUGUACCUUUAUAUGGAGACUUUGGACCCAGAAUAUCAAAAAAUCCAACAAAAAAAGAUUUUGAAGAGGCAUUCUGGGUGACAACAAAACAAAAUGGCAUCUAUCAAGUCUGGUCUCCAAUGUAUACAAUGUUUUCACGCGGAAACAUAAAAGAAAAAGCCAGAAUAUUUAGAUUCCCAGAUGUAAAAAAUGCAAUAAUUGCAGAUUUAUAUGCAGGCAUUGGAUAUUUUGCGUUUUCUUACCUUAAAGCAAAAGCAAAAAAAGUAUUUUGCUGGGAAAUAAAUCCAUGGAGCAUAGAAGGUUUAUGUAGAGGUGCACAGCUUAAUAAAUUUACAUACAAAAAAAGCAAUGACUUAAAUAACAAUUAUGAUGAUCAAUUAAUCGUGUUUGAAAAUACUAAUAAAUUGGCAAAUAAACAAUUAGCAGAAAAAACCAAAAAUAUAAGACAUAUUAAUCUCGGUUUGCUCCCAAGUAGUGAAGAUUCUUGGCCUAUUGCUACAAAAAUGCUCGAUUCUGAAAUAGGAGGAUGGAUUCAUGUUCAUGCUGCAGUUUGUGAUAAAGAAAUAUACAGUUGGACAAACAAAUCUAAAGAAAAAUUUACAGAAUUAUUUAAACACCAAUGGGAAGUUAAAAUAGAACACAUAGAGAAGGUUAAACGAUUCUCUCCAAAAUCAUUACAUAUUGUAGUCGACUUAUCAUGCAUUCCAAAAACAAAAAAAAAUUGA